AUGUGCAGGUCAAUAAGCGCAGCGGUGAACAUCAUCCACGACUGCGACGAGACUUUCAACUACUGGGAGCCUCUGCACUACCUCCUGCACGAAUCCGGGUUCCAGACAUGGGAAUACAGCUCUGCAUUCGCCCUUCGCUCCUACCUCUACCUCUUCUUUCACGCCCUCAUCGCCCUGCCAGUCACUCUCUUUUUUGGCAACGGUACGGUUAACGCCUUCUACACUGUCCGCCUGGCCCUGGCUGUUCCCUCUGCUGCAUCAGAGGCAUCUCUGCUCGUGGCUGUGGCUGCUGCCCUUCACAAGGCCACUCAGGCCCCUUCCCUACCCUCCUUCCUCCCCAUAACCUCCCUUCCUACCUUCCCCACCUCAGUUAACGCCUUCUAUGCUGUUCGCCUGGCCCUGGCUGUUCUCUCUGCCGCUUCAGAGGCAUCUCUGCCCGUGGCUGUUACUGCUGCCCUUCACAAGCCCACUCAGGCUUCUGUUCUCUCCUCCUGCCCCCUUCCCGUCACUCCUUUGUACUCUUCCCCAUCGCAGGCUAACGCCUUCUACACUGUCCGCCUGGCCCUGGCUGUUCUCUCUGCUGCCUCAGAGGCAUCUCUACUCGUAGCCGUUGCAACAGCCCUUCACAAGGCCACCAGUGCUGGCAGUGCCAGUAGCAGCAGCAGUGGAACGAGGGAAGAUAAGGAGAAAGGGAAGGAGGAGGAGAAGGAGAAGGCGAAGCGAGAGAGGGCGGUCCCAGCAGGGAUUGGGGAGCGAGUGGGUGUGUGCGGGUUGCUGCUCCUCUGCUUCUGCUCUGGCAACUUUCUCGCCUCCACAACCUUCCUCCCCAGCACUUUCAGCAUGUAUGCAAUCACGUGGGCCACGUCUCUGACCAUCCAAGGCCGCCCCGCAGCAGCAACAGCGGCAGCAGCAGCAGGCGUGCUGCUGGGGUGGCCCUUUGCAGGCCUGGCAGCCCUGCCGCUGGUGCUGCACGGGAUGAUCACUGGUGGUUUUGUGAAGGUCGUUGCAUCCGGUGCAAUCACCACUGUACUCGUCUCAGGCCUUUCCCUGUGUUUUGACCGUCUUUAUUACGGCCAAUGGACCUCCUCUGUGUUCAACCUAAUCCGCUACAACGUGUUUGGAGGGGGGGACGGUGCCGGGAGCACUCUGUACGGCGUGGAGGGUCCCCUCUUCUACCUCCGCAACGGCCUCAACAACUUUUCUCUCGCCCUCCCCCUCGGGCUCAUCCUCCCACUGCUGCUGCUGAUCGCGUGCUUUGCGUCGUCGCCGUUUCGCCGGCAAGGGAGGGGUGGAAAUGGAGGGGUGGAGAGGGGUGGGAAGGGGUUUGUGGGGUGGAAAGAGGUGGUGGCGCUGCUGCUGCUGCCUGUGGUCAUCUGGGUUGGAUUCAUGUCCCUUCAGCCACACAAGGAGGAGCGGUUCCUCUACCCCAUCUAUGCGCUCAUCCCUGUCACUGCUGCCAUCGCCAUCACCAUCAUCCCCUACCUCCCUCCCGUCAUUGAUCCCCCUGCCUCCGCCUUUGCUGAUCCUUGUUCUCUACGCCUCUUCUCUACUAUCCACACCCCGUAA